AUGAACAAGAACCAAGAUGCCGUCAUCGACAUGUAUGAGCAACUCCCCGUCCCUUAUGGACUCGUCCGAUACGGUGUUGCACCCGAUCACCCAGAGGUCAAGAACUGUCAAGACACCUUUGAAGAGGUUGCCCGCUCACCGCGAUUCAACUACAUUGGCAACGUCAAGGUCGGCUAUGAUAUGCAGCUAGCAGACAUGAAGCCCCAUUACGAUGCUAUCCUGUUCUCGUAUGGCGCAACCGAGGAUAGACAGCUGGGCAUCCCCGGAGAGAAUCUGCCAGGCGUCUAUUCUGCCAGAUCCUUCGUUGGCUGGUACAAUGGUCUACCGCAGUUCCAACACCUGGAGCCAAACCUUCAUGCUGGUGAGCAGGCCGUCGUCAUCGGCCAAGGAAAUGUUGCACUAGAUGUGGCGCGCAUUUUGUUGAGUCCGGUAGACGCGCUACGCAGUACAGACAUUGCCGAUCAGGCCAUACAGGCGCUGUCUGAGAGCAAGGUCCGGUCUGUGCGCGUCGUUGGUAGACGUGGUCCCAUACAGGCUGCCUUCACCGUCAAAGAAGCCCGUGAGCUCAUGCAAAUACCAUCCGUUGCCUUUGAACCUAUCGACCGCUCCCUGUAUCCCGCCGACAUCAAAAAGCUCCCACGCGUCCAGAAACGCAUUGCAGAAGUACUUCUCAAGGGCUCGGCAACUCCUGCACAGCAGGCUACACGGUCAUGGGCGCUCGACUUUUUGCAGGCUCCCAAAGCCAUGCAUGAAGUUGACGGUCAUCUCUCCUCGAUAACAUUCACAAAGCAACAAUUUGUACCAGAUGGCGAUCCCUUCGACCAGAGGACUCGUGUUGUGUCUACAAAGGAUGAGACAUCAAUCGAAGCAUCUUUAGCUUUUAGAUCUGUAGGCUACAAGUCGGCUGCUCUUCCUGGACUCUCAGCCAUUGGUGUCCCUUUUGAUAAUAAGCUGGGCAUAAUCCCAAAUGACAUGCAUGGGCGUGUCAUUACCCCUUCGGCUGGCCCAGGGAACUUGACAGCCGGCCAUGUUUCUGGUCUGUACUGCGCAGGCUGGGUUAAACGUGGACCAACUGGUGUAAUUGCAAGCACCAUGCAGGACGCCUUUUCCUCUGCGGAUAUUAUUGCUCAAGACUGGGAGGCUGGUGUGCCCUUUUUGAAUGAUAUCAAUGAUGAGAAUGAAGGCACCAAAUUGGGAUGGGAGGCUCUUAGGGCAGCGGUAGAAAGCAAAGGCGUCAGACCGCUCAGUUGGGCGGACUGGAAAAGGAUUGAUGACGCCGAGCGAGAGAAUGGCAAGGCGAAGGGGAAGCAAAGAGAAAAGUUCCAGAGUGUAGAAGAAAUGCUCAGUGUCUUAGAUGCAUAG